AUGUGCAUCGACUACAGGCAAUUAAAUUUAGUCACAAAGAAAGAUCAUUAUCCUUUACCUUUUAUUGAUCAAAUUCUAGAAAAAUUAUCUGGACAAGAAUAUUUUUGUUUCUUAGAUGGUUAUUUAAAAUACAAUCAAGUGGCUAUUCAUCUAGAUGAUCAAGAGAAAACUACUUUUAUUUCUCUAUGUGGUACAUAUGCCUUCAAGAGAAUGCCUUUUAGAUUGUGUAAUGCCCUAGCUACUUUUCAAAGAUGCAUGUUUGCUAUGUUUUUUGAUCUAGUAGGGAAGGGCCUAGAAAUCUUUAUGGAUGAUUUUUCGAUUUAUGGUUCUUCUUUUGACAUGUGUUUAGAUAUUGUAACCCAUGUUUUGCAGAUAUGCGUAGAGAAGAGGUUGGUCUUAAGCUAG